CAGCCGCCAGCGGGCCCUGCCCGACCCCCCAACGUGGUGCUGGUCAAUCGGCGGCAGCAAGGCAACCCCGUCCUCAAACACAUCCGCAACGUGCGCUGGCAGUUCGCCGACAUCGUACCGGACUACCAACUAGGGCAAAACACGGCGGCCCUGUUCCUCAGCCUUAGGUACCACCUCCUGCGUCCCGACUACAUCCUCCACCGCAUCAAGGAGCAGCAGCGCAUGUUCCGACUGACGGUGCUGCUGGUCCAUGUUGACGUGGAUGACGUGGUGAAGCCGCUGGGGGAGGUCACUCGGGCGGCAGUGGUGGGGGACUGCACGCUGGUGUGCGGGUGGACUCCGGAAGAGUGCGCUCGCUGGUUGGAGACGUACAAGAGCUACGAGUCCAAGCCCGCCUCCUCCAUUCAGGAGCGCGUGGAGCCCGACUACGUGAGCCGUCUGGCCGCAGUGCUGGCGGGCUCAGUGCGGGGGAUCAACCGUACGGACGCACACACGCUGGGCACCAGCUUCGGGUCCUUGGCGGCUAUGAUGCGCUGCAACGACCCGGAUGCCUUCUCGGCGUGUCCGGGGAUAGGGCCCACCAAGGUUCGCCGCCUGAUGGAAGCCUUCCACGAGCCCUUUCGGAAA